AUGAGCCCUUAUAUCUUAUUUAUUAUACUCAUAAGCCUAGGACUAGGAACCACCCUAACUUUUGCAAGCUCCAAUUGAUUUCUCGCAUGAAUAGGACUAGAAAUUAAUACUCUCGCCAUUAUUCCCCUCAUAGCCCGCCAUCACCACCCACGAGCCGUAGAAGCUGCAACAAAAUACUUCAUUACCCAAGCCGCAGCUGCAGCACUGCUCCUAUUUGCUGGCCUAAUAAACGCCUGACAAUCUGGACAAUGGAUUAUCCAAGACAUAUCCAUGCCAACCUCUGCCCUUAUAACACUAGCAAUUGCUAUUAAACUUGGAGUUGCCCCAAUACAUUUCUGAUUACCCGAAGUUAUACAAGGAAUCACAUUAAAUACAGGACUAAUUCUAGCCACCUGGCAAAAACUCGCACCAUUAGCACUCCUAUACCAAAUUUCUAAUAACUUAAUACCAGAACUAAUAAUUAUUUUAGGACUAACAUCUACAUUUAUUGGCGGGUGAGGCGGACUUAAUCAAACACAAAUUCGAAAAAUUAUAGCCUAUUCAUCCAUCGCCCACUUAGGAUGAAUCAUCUCAAUUAUACACUUCAUGCCUACCUUAGCCAUUAUUAACUUAAUUAUUUAUAUUAUUAUAACAACAACAAUAUUUAUAACUUUUAACGUCACAAACUCCACCUCAAUCAGCACAUUAGCCAUAAACUGAUCCAAAUUCCCUACCCUGUCUGCCAUUACAAUACUUGCCCUACUAUCAUUGGGCGGCCUCCCACCCUUAUCAGGGUUCCUACCAAAAUGACUUAUUUUACAAGAACUUACCAACCAGGGCCUAAUACCUACCGCCACAAUAAUUGCACUAUCCGCCCUACUUAGCCUUUACUUUUACCUUCGACUCUCCUACUCCCUCACCACAACAGUUACACCUAACACACACGCACAAACACUUAACUGAGGCACCAAAACUAAGACAAGCUUUAUCCUGCCCGUGGUUAUAGUUAUAACUAUUACUAUACUCCCUAUUUCACCCUCCAUCAUCUCUUUAUUCU